AUGGCGAGCGAAGAGAGCAUGACGAUACCACCCCCAUCUCCGGAGGAGCUGGCGGCGUACGGACGCCUGAUUGCUCCAGUGGGCAAGAUGGAAACGGAGGCACUGCCCACCCUGGGCAAGCGAGCGCCGGAGGUGGAGAGCGAGCCGACUGUGGAGAGCAAGCAGCCCAAACUUUCGGCUCUACCGAAGACACCCGCAAUCCCAGCCAUGUUCUCGCCAUCCCCUCGUCCUGGAGUACCACCUCUACAGGAAGGCCAGAGCUCGCAACUCACGGAGCCAGCGACAAGCCACAACCACCAGCCAACGCCCCGCCCGAAGGCGGGACAAGGCAACCGGCAGUUUGCUGGAAAGCAUCGAGCAGGAAAGAAGGCCAACAACAAUCAGAACAAGGCGGCGCCAGACGACCUGUCGGACAUGAUGGCAAAGCUGGUGCUCAGGCACGAGGACGCGCACGCGGUGGAAAGGUACGACAAGGGCUACUGUCUUUUCCUACGCAACUCCACGGGGGCGGACAGCAUCACAGCCCCGCUGUACAGGGACGAUCGUCUCCUCGUGGCCAUUUUGGCUAAAGGAGGGACGCUCGUCCGGGAUUUUUUCUGCUGGGCCUGGGAGAGUGUUAAGGCGUGCUCUAAAGCCCUUGCCAUGUCGAAGUUCCCGCCUACCUGGCAGCAGUUUCAGGCGCCACGGGCGCUCGCUCCUGUUCAGGAGGAGGAUGGGAAUGCAUGGGGCCACUACACUCCAGGCGAGGCGGAAGCUCCCGGAUACCAGCAAGCUGAACAGCCUGCUCGGCCGCAGCAGCAUGCUCGCCACUGGACUGGUGAUCGCGGCUACGGCGAUCGCCCUCACCCUCAGCGCCAAGACUAUGGUCAGUGGUGGGGCCAUCAGCAGCGUGGAUCAAGCUCCCGCGCGGUCGCAGCCGUCCACAAUUCGUUCGUCAGAAAGAAAGCGGACUUCUUGGACGAGGCGAUCGCCCACCACGAGGACCCUGCCUACAACUCGUUCGUCUUCCCUGACAACAGAGAUGAGCGGGUGGUCUCCCCAUUCCAGAACUGGCUCGUGGAGGAGAUCAUGACGAACGCUGCUUCCAGCAUCAACGUGCUCACGGAGAGGGACCAGGUUCUCCCACCAAGUUCGGGCUUCCAGUUGAGCCUCUUCGCUAACUACACGCUCGACGGGGUGAAGGCGAUCCUGGUGCUCACCGUGGGUUCGACAACAGGCUGCCCCAGUGCUCACUGGGACUCCAAGACGGCGAAGGCUCUCAGUCACGAGGCUUUUCAGCCGUUCACCUGGCCACUGAUGAAGGCUGGGGCAGCCACCUAUGUCGACGUGAAGUUCUUCAACGGCAACGAGGUCCUGUUCCACUGGAUCUUCCGCGGCUACCGCUCCGACUCCGACCUCACCGUGCAGCAGCAGUUCUGUGACGACGCCUUGAUCAAGGACGCUCGCAUCGGCAGGUUCAGGCCUUCGAUCGUGGUGUCUGUCUUCAGAGGCUGGAACGUCACAGUCUUCUCGUUUGAGGUCGGUGGCAGAAGUUACGCGGUCGCACCACAAGGAGCAGUCGUUGCUGGUGAUCACUGCCGCGCCAACUGCGAGCUCCGAGUUUGCAACCGGGCCUCGACCGAUGCCUACGGCAAUGACGCCGAUCGGGUUGAAUUCCGCUUUCGGGACUCCGACAACAAGGUGGAUCUGAAAUGUGGCCGGAUCUCCGUUCCGGGAACCUGGUUGGCUGUCAGCCAUAUCUCUGGACGGGCUCUCAUCAAUACGAUCGGGGCAUGCCGCAGUCAGAAGGCGAGGAUCGAAGGCCCUGACCAAGUUCAGCAGUUCGCUCAGCUGGCGGCGAUCUUUGAGCCGUGGUGGCGAAGCUCGAUCGCGCGCGAGGUCAAUGAGGUCGGCGUCCAGGCCUUGAACUUCGUGCUCGAGAACGAGGGCGACUUCCACCUGAGGGCUCGCUCCAAGCUGUGGGUGUUGCCGCCGGAGUACGUCAACCAGGCCGCGCUCGCCCACAGGUCCCACCAGGAAGGCAUUGGCCUGGAUGCGCAGAUGCUCUCUGGGCCGCCAGCGAUCGCCAACGAGGCUGCCAAAGUUGCCGUGGCUGAGAUUGAGGUUCGGGAGAAGAACAUGAUGCUCCAAGAUCAGCCCGGGUCCUCAUCUCGCUCGGCAGAAGAGCAGUUCGCUCGAAGGGCCUCCGAUCUGCCUGCGGGGUCCCGGAACAGCGAGGAACAGGGCAACCCACGAGAUUCGUUCCGGCUGGACAUGAAUGUCUCGAGAACUUCGGCGGCUAUCACCCCCGGCGUCUUCGCCCAGGUUCUGUCGCAGCAAGAGGCCGAGUUCUUCGAGUCCACCGUUCGUGUGGUGCCCGUGCCCGACCAGCUCGAGCUCUCCCAGGAUCAGGACGUGCCAGCUCAGCCGGUCGGUCAGCCAACCUCGUUUGGCCGGCUCGCUGCGCCAUUGCUGUUCUGGGCGAUCGCCCAGCACUCAAAGCUGGACCUUUUCGAGUGUGAGAAAAACAGUGGACCGCUCUCGCUCGCGAAGGGCAUGAGUGCUGGCUCGCAAGGUGAAUUUGCUGCCAAGGCUCUGAUCCUGCUCGCUUCUUUGACAACGGUUUCGGAUGCCUUGGCAGUUCGCACGCACAUGCUUGAGCAGUUUUGGUUGUUCGCCAAAGCAGCUGAGAGCGUGUUCGCUUCAUCUGUGGGUUUUCAACUGGGGUUCGGAUUGGCAGAGUGCUCCAGAGUGGCUCCUCAGCCCAAGUUCGACGAGCUCAGGCGAGCGGCAGCUCUCAGGUCGCUUGCUCAGCCUCCUAAACUCCCCAGGUCCUUCCCAGCCUUAACGAGCUCUGCAAAAUCGGCAACAAAUGCUCCACUCUUUGACGCCGAGAUGGCGGAAAAGCAAAAGUGGGCCCACAGGCUACAAGCAAUUGCCGAUCGAGCUGGUUCCUGGGCAGACGCCUCAAUCAAUAUGGAGGCACCAGAUGUUCUUUCGGCUGGCGAGAAGGCCCGUCUUAAGCACCUGGUGUUCACCUCGGGUGCUCCGUCAACCAUGGCGGGGCACAUCAGGAGGUUCGAAAAGUUUGAGGAUUGGGCGGCUGAGGUCGCGAUGCCCUUCUACCCAAUCACCGAUGAUAAGAUUUUGAAGUAUGCAAUUGAGCUUGACCGCAAAGAAUGUGGUCCUACAGUUCUGCCUUCACUUCGAACUUCACUUCGCUGGGUGGCUUUUCGCAUCGACAUUGAGCUGCCGGAAGUGGAGGGCGCUCGCCUCCUGGCGCUCGAAAAGCAAAUCUUUGAUCGGCGAGGCAAGCCUCUCAAAGAGGCGCCAUCCUAUCACGCAGAGGUCGUGGCUGCUAUGGAGGUCUUCGUUGUUCAAGAGACGCAGCCCCUGGCGGCGCGGCUUUUUGUGUGGUGGGUCGUGUGCAUGAUCAUGGCCUCCCUGCGGUUCGACGAUGCCAUCCAUGUCAAGCCGGAGGAACUCGAGUUUCGCGAGGAGGGCAUUUUCGGCGUCUCUUGGCAGACCAAGACCGAGAGGAAAAGGCGGGGUACCAAGUUCUUGGUCCCGAACGUUUCCUUCUCGGGCUCGGAUUGGCUCAACGUCGGCUGGAACCUGUUCGAACAACAUCUCCUGGUCUGUCCAGACCGUGAUUACUGGCUGCCAGAGCUCAGAGAUGCAAAUUCGUUCACUGAGCAUGCGCCAACCUUCCAGCGCUCGCUCCAGUGGCUGCAUCACUUGGUCUGGCACGCUAGCAAGCACCACGGUGUGGAGGCUCCAAUCCUGGCGAGCAUCACGCAGCUCACAUGGCACUCAGCCAGAGUCACGCUGCUCAGCAUGGCAGUCCAGAAAGGAGCCGAGGCCGAGAAGAUCGGACUUCAGGCAAACUGGAAGAAUCCAGGACCACUGGUGCUCAAAUACACCAGGUCUCGCUCUGCUGUCUCGGCCGGCAUGGUCCAGGACAUCGUGGCCGACUUCAGGCGCUCGUUCGUGCCAGGCUGCGUUCGGCAGGAUGACUUGGCUGAUGAUGGCCUGGAUGCUCACCCUUCAGUGAACGCAUUUUUCAUGAAGUCACCUAAGAAGGGUUCGGCCUACGAAUAUAAGAUUCAUGUUUGCUCGACCGACGAUGUUGAUGUCAUCGCAUGCGGUCGCGCCAAGCGCGAAGACUGUACACAUAUCGGUGAUCUGCUCCCCGUCCCGGAGCUCGCCGUUCGCCAGAUCUUUGGUCGGCAGCACCUCCCCGAAAACCUCUGCUUGCUCAUGGCGAACAAGAACCUCUCCUCGAUUGAGCAGUUGGCCAUGCUGGGCGACUCGAUCGCGUCCGUGAAGACCACGCUGAAGACGAUCGUCGGAGACGAUACCCAGUUUGGUGCCGAUGCGGCCGCCCAGGAGCUCUCGCUCACACAGCUCUCGGCUGUUUGGAAGGCUGCCUCGACACUACAAGAACAUGUCUCCGCUCGACGGGCUCGCAUGGAGGAGGAGCCCAACAAAGUCCCAGAGAUCCCGGGUGAGCACCACGCCGAGUUCCGCGAGCUCUUUGUGGAGGCUCACCCCGACAUGCUCCUUACGUACCACAACGAGCCGCGUCGCAAGUUCGUGGAGCGCGUUCAUCGCGACUACAUGGUUCACGGCGCGGUUGCCUUUUACGAGGUUGCAGAGAUGCGAGUUCGGCACGAGACCAUUGUCCAGACCGCCAGUCUCGCCAAGACCUCUGAAGACUUGCUUCGGGUCGUUCAAGUUGACAACAAAGGCUCCGUCGGCUCCGAGAACCAGGUCAUGGACCGGCUCCACGCCUUCUUCAUGGCUCUCGAGUACCUUAACAUCUGCGAGUUCUCCUACAAAGCGGGACCGCUCAAGUACCUCGCGGAGCUGCAAGAAUGGCGGCAUGAGAACCGGGGUGUCUCCGUGCUCUUAGCAGCGGAUUCUCUCAUUCGCAAGAAGGUCUACAAGCUCAACAAUGACCGCAGGAAGAGCUUCCCUUCCUUCUCAGCCGCGCUCUUGGAGGUGCUCGCAAACCACAAGCAGCUCUGGAACGACGCCCGGUCUGCUGCUGAGCUGGAUAAGUUCCGCCAGGCUGACCUCGACGGCCCCCUGACCCCUAAGAAGCGCGCUCGCUCAGCGAGCCCGCCAACCCCUCCUACCACCAAGAGCUCCCGCACCCGCCGUAAUAAAGCCAAACGGGAUCGGCAGAGAGAGCUCCUCAAGCAAGCAAAGGCGUCCGCCAAAGACAAGGACAGAGAGACCGGCGAGGCAGAUAAGGACCGCGAUCGCGCUCCGCGUGGUGCCCAGCUCCGGCUCGAGCCGAACAAGGACUCUCGCGUGCCAGAACAAGAGUGGAAGAAGAUCUUAUCUUUCACCUAUUCUGGUAAGAAGCGAAGCCCGUUUUUCAAUUGCUCGCUCGGAUGUCGCUUCGGGGACGCCUGCCGUGACCUGCACUCUGGCGUGCAGUGUGGCCAGGUGCUUGGGCCGCGUGGGGCUGCAGGGGCGGCUGUUGAAGCUGCUAUGUCGCAGCUGAAUGCCGCUCGCUGCGGCUCCCAACCACCGUGGCGGAAAUGGUCGGAAGUGCCCCGAGACGCUGCUUUUGUGGCGUCUCAAGGUCCCUUCUUCGUUGAGUUCUUCGCCGGCGAAGCUGGCCUCACGGAGGCCGUGCGAGCCCAGGGGGUGCCGGUCCUGCCCCCGAUCGAGAAGGAGAUCAAGGGCUACACCUUGGAGUCCGUCGACGUCCUAGACACCGCCUUCUGGGCCUUCAUCGUGGAGCUCGUAAAGGUCGGUGCCAUCGCGUUCGCGCACUUUGGCACGCCGUGCUCCUCUUUCAGCGCGGCCAGGUCAAUUGGCGGCCAAGGGCCCCGCCCACUGCGUUCAAUGGGCUCUCCGUUGGGACUCUCGGGCCUCUCUGCUGCAGAAGAGCGGCAGUUGAGCCUCGGCAACCAGCUGCUGUUCCUCACGCUCGAACUUUUGGAAAGCAUCGUUCGAAUGGGCGGCGAGGUCAGCCUUGAGAACCCUGCGACAAGCUUCAUGUGGGAGGUCCCGCAAGUGAAGCGCGUGCGGUCGCACUACAGGCUCUCCUUCAUAUACUUGGACCAGUGCUGCUUCGGCUCGCCCUACAAGAAACCAACUGCACUCCUCGUGUCACACGCGGCGUGUUUGGUCUGGGCACGCUCGUGUGAGGGAGGCCAUGUUCAUGCUCCUCUUCGCGGAUUGACUCGGGUGAACGGACGCUGGAUCUGGACAACCAAGCUGGCGCAGGUCUAUCCUCGGCAACUGUGCAUUGCCAUCGCAAGCACUGUGGCCACGCUCAUGAAGGGCGGUCUCCCGCAGUUCGGCCCCACUUUCCAGCUCACGUCUCCGGCUCAUGAUCGGAAGCGUGCGCUCGGAUCCUCUGCGCGCUGGACUCAACAUCGACAACAACAAGCUGCCCAGCUCGCCAUGGCGGCCGGCUACCAAAUGAAGCGUGGCGCCGUCAAGCCCUUGCUCGACCUGGAAGUGGAACCGGGAGAGGCCGUUCGCUGGGCGCUUAACGUGCCUCACCCUUUCACAGUGGCUCCGCCCCUCUCCAAGCGGAUCUUGGACAACAUAUCCAUGGUGGCGGCGCGAGGUCAAGCUCUUGUGGAUGCUCGGCGCGCUGAUCUGGCUUUUUGGCAGCGUCGCGCGGAGCAGCUGCUGCCCUACACGGACCAUGUUCUGCAGAGUCUCUCCGACCCGUGGCUACGCCGCCUCCUGAGAGGAGCUCAAGAUGGGCAGCCCUGCAAGCUCGGAACGACAUGCCAUGUGGCGCUCUACCACGAGCUCCUCGAGGCCGCCGGUUCCGUGGACAAGGAGUUGCCCGGUCUGCUCCUACAUGGUUUUCCGAUCGUGGGCCCCAUCAAACGCUCUGGACGCUGGCCGCCCUACGCCAAGAAGCAGAAGGUCAUUCCCGUGGAGCACGCUCUUUCCAGGGCCUGGGAAAUCAGAAGUCGGAUCGUUAAAAGGGUUAAUGCGGUUCCUGUUUCUGACGACCUUAGGUCUGUUUGGAAUGCAACUCUCGAGGAUGUCCGAGACGGCUCGUGCCUUGGCCCCUUCCCCGAUGAGGCGUCCAUCUCCAAGUUCUUGGAAGUAGAGGACUGGAUCCCGACUCAGCGGUUCGCGGUUGUGCAGAAGAACAAGGUCCGCGGUUGUGACAGUGCCACCACGAACCUCGUCAACCAGAUCACUGGAGGCGCUGGUCAGCUCUUCCCGAUCAGCGAAUGA